GCAGCAUAUUGGUCCAACUUAUUAAUCGAAAACCGGACCUUCGCCAUUCUGGGACAGCCGUUGCUGGUUAUGAGCCUCAGUGAGACUUCAUGAUCGACGAAGCCGUUACCGGCGGGGCCUCCCCUACGCCCUCGGUCUCCGAGGAGGCCGAAGAAGUAUCGAGGCUACUCCCUCUCUCGCUACUCAGAUCGCAGCUCAUCCCUCCCCCUCCCAAUCGACGGUCGUCGGCGGUUGACUUUCUGUAUGACUUCGGUGGUUCCUCCUGGAUUGCCUAUGGUGCUUCCUCCCUCCUCGUGAUUUCUCACUUCCCUUCGCCUCUCCCUGAGCACGAAACCCUAGUCGGUCCAUUUUUUCUCCAGGUCAUUGAGCCGUCCUCCAGCGGCGAUGCCAACGUGCUCGCUGACGUAGACGCCGUCACCUGGUGCCCCGUUCUUCCUUCGGAGGGCGAGGUCGCAGCAUCGCACGGCAAAUCUAUUUCGCUCUACGAGCCUCAACCCGACAAUGAUACAGGUUCAUUCUGCUGGAGGCAGACUGCAGAGAUCAUGCAGUCUUCUAUUAUAGAAGCGAUUGAAUGGACUGGUUCUGGUGAUGGGUUGAUUGCAGCUGGCGUAGAUGUUGUAUUUUGGAGAAGGAAGGGUAGUUCAUGGGAAAUGGCUUGGAAGUCUUCAGCAGCUGUUCCUCAAGGUAUGGUUUCGGCAACGUGGUCUGCUGAAGGCUCAGUUGCUACAGCAGCACGUUGCUUGUUUAAUUCUGCUGAAAUGGGUUCACAAAAUUUACGUAAAGUGGAUUGUAGGCAUGUUUCUGUUUAUCACAGUGACGGGAAAUCUGAAUUAAUGAAGUUCCAACUAUGCCAUCCUCAACCUGUUUCUUUUAUUAGGUGGAGACCAUCCACAUCAAUGAAAUUAACAAAUGAUGCUUUACGGUCAUGGAGUGAUGUGCUGCUUACAUGUUGCUUGGAUGGAACUGUAAGAUUAUGGCGUGAGAUUGACCAUGGAAAAUCUAGGAAAGUAAACAAGGAUAUUGAUGAUAAGAUAAAACAACCUUUACAAGUUGUUGCGGUUAUUGAGAUAGAACAGUGCCUGAAUGGAACCCUUGGCACAACUAUAUUUAUAGAUUGGGCUGUAGAUAUGGGCAGUGUAAUUUCAAAAUCUGAGGGAGAUUGUCAUUCUCUAUCACUGGCUAGUUCCAGUCAUGAUCAGAUAGCCUGUUGCGAGUGGUUAAUUAGUGUUGGGCCUGCGAACUCAGUUACUUUAUGGGCCAUCCACUGUUUAGAUGACGUGGUUUCUUUUUGUUCUCCAAGAGUUACUUUAUGGAUGAAACAAAAUCCUACACACCUUCAAGCUUGCAACCUCUCUAAUUAUCAAUCUUUGUAUCCUGCAGAAAAACCAAUUUUGGUAAAAGUUGUUGCUAUGAGGAGAGAACUGUCUGGUCCAUCAUAUGCAUGCUCUUUACUUCAGUUGCUUCCCAAUAAUUGCAUGAGCUGGUGGUAUUUCUAUAGUUCAUCAACGGAUGAUGCAGAGCACAGAUCCUUAGCUUCGUUCAGCAAGGAAAGAUGUCUUUCUCAAUUUACAGCUGGUGUAUUAAAUCUAGAUGGACACUCAGCAAACAUAUUACAAUUAGUUCUCCAUCCUUGUUCCUAUGAACUUGAGUUGGCUGUCUCCUUGGAUUCUGAUGGUAUUCUUCUCUUCUGGUCCCUUUCUAAACAUUUCAACUUCACCUUGGGCAUGCAAAUGCAUAUUCAUCCUACUUGGAAACUGUUGGGAAAAAUUAGAUCACAAGAUUUGUCCACUGAUUCACAUUAUUUAACCGUGGGAUGGGCUCCUUUUGCUUUGGAUGAAAAACCGUUGCUUCUUCUGGGAUAUGCUGAUGGCAUUGACUGUUUCCUGGUUGAAGUCCCAAGAGAAGGAGAGGAUAUUGUAUGUUAUAAAAUAUUCUGUGCAGCAUUUGGUGAUCAUAAUCAUUUUGAACGUUCACCAGAUCAUAUAUUUGCAACACCUUCAGCUUCUUUUUCUAAAAGUUUCUUGCUUUACGGAGUAUGGAUGAAGGAAUGUAGGACUUUAACAUGGAAAAUUAUUCUGCAAUCUGAAGAUAUAACUGGAAGUUCUUGUGAAUUUAGAUCCGAUUCUGACACCCUUUUAGGGUCUGAAAAUAUGAGCAAAUGGAUGGCUUGCAGUGGUAGAAGAUAUUCCGCUGCCAUCCAUCCAGCCUCAUGGAAUUUUCCACACUCACAAAAUACUGAAACAAUGAUCUGUGUUUCGGUGGUUACUCUGAAUCAUUCUAAGAUCUCCACUGGAAAGAAUGUGAUUUCUGAUAACGGUUCAAAUGGCAAUUCUUUUAGUUUAAUGGCAACAGGAUUUUCUGAUGGUGUAUUGGAGCUUUGGAAAGUUUCAUCCGCAAAUUCAUCCGAGUCAGAGUGCGUACCCUGGGUUCUUGUGGGCAAAUUUGCUGCACAUGAUGGCCCAGUUAAUGCAGUGUCAUUAUCGACAUGUGGUGGUAAAAUUGCUACAGUGAGCAUAUGCAGUAAAAGCAUGACCACCCUUAAUAUUUGGACUCCAAUAUGCUUGAUAGGUGGUGGAAGCUUUAUACUAGAAGAUGUUUUAUUUUUUAACGGGCCUGUGGUUGCCUUAAAAUGGUCACCUAUAGGAAAUGGGAAGCUCUUACUUGGUGUCUGUAUGCCAAAUGAGUUUCACAUAUAUUGUGAGAGAAGAUCUCAUUGCAAUUUUGUGGAAUCAGAUAAAUCAAAAGAGCUUCAUCCUUGGUGUUGCAUUUCGAUAUCACACUCUUACUAUCAUUGUCGUGAUUUUCUGUGGGGACCUAAGUUGACACCCGUACUUCUUCAUGAAAGGAAAAUUUCAGUCUUUAGCGAGUGGUUGUCUGAAACAAAAUCUAAGCACACUGGAGAACUAUUUUCAGUUUAUACUGCUAAAAAAAAUGAAAACUUGCCUGGUUGUAUAUCCCUCAAAAAUAAUGUUCAUGGUGCCAACAAAUUAAAUCAAUUUGACAAUAAAGAAAGUGGAGCAGUUUUUAAUGUUCCAUCCUCUGGAAGCUUCUUGCAAAAAGAUAAAUCUUAUACUCGGAACGGCUUGCAUAACUUAAUGGAUAUUGUGGAGAGACUUUGUAGGCCUCUGGAAUUCUAUCAUCCCUGGGCACUACUCCAAUAUCUAUAUCGAGGUAACUGGAAACGUGCUUAUAUUGUUUUGAAACAUCUCGUUGAUUCACUCAAGUCUUUAAAUACUUCUACAACUGUAGUUGCAUGCUGCAGUUCAGGAAAGCCUUGCUAUAUUCCACAUAUAUCUUUGUCUAAGUACCUUGUUGGAACAACAGCAGAGCCAAGCGGUGCUACUUUACAUUGGAGUAAAGGAAGUAAUUUUGCAUCUGCAAACUUGGAGAAAAAUAUUUUUCAGUUUGGGGAAGAUACUCUGAAGCAGACAGUAUAUAAGGAUUUUCCAUUGAUUGACGGCUUGAAGUCUGAAUUUAUCGGGUUUAUUGACACCCUUGAGAAGUCUCAUUACUUAGUUACUUUAACAAACAUGGAUAGAAUCUACAUAUUAACCGUGCUUGAUAUUUUGCUUGAGCUCAGCAAUACGAGCUACACUUCUCUAUAUGAGAGCCUUGAUGAACCUGGCCGAAGGUUUUGGGUUGGAGUGAGAUUUCAGCAUUUUCACUUUAUUCGGAAGGUUGGAAGAGUGGCUUCCAUGGAAGAAUUUGCUAUUGCAUCAUGGAUGAUUGCAUGUGCGUGCCAGUCUGACUGCCAGGAAAAUCUAUUAAAUUCGAUGUUGUCUACUGAACCUUCUUGGCUAGAAUUGCGCAAUUUGGGUGUGGGAUUUUGGUUGACGAAUGUAUCCCAGCUAAGGGCAAGAGUAAGAAUGGGUUUGUCUUGGCCAGUCUUACAUUUUUUAAGAUGGAGAAGCUAGCCAGACUUCAGUAUCUCAAGCGGAAGAAUCCCAAGGACUGUGCACUUUUAUACUUAGCACUGAAUAGGCUCCAAGUUUUGGCUG